GCCAACCUGUGGCGGGUCAUCCCCGCCUCUACAGCCUACUGGCAAGGAGGUGGGAGGAAAGAAGGAAGAGAGGGAGGAGGCAGGACGGAGGGAGGGACUGCCCGGGAGGCAGAAGCUCAGCAAGGACCCAGAAGAGCACGGUGGGCUGAGGUGCAGUCAGCUGCCUUUAUCUCUAGCCCCCUGCGCCCCGCGCCCCUGGCAGCCUUCAACGUUUGUCCCCAGGCAGCAUGGUGAGGUCUGCUCUGGGUCCCUCGCCACCAUGUACGUGAGCUACCUUCUGGACAAGGACGUGAGCAUGUACCCUAGCUCCGUGCGCCACUCCGGCGGCCUCAACCUGGCGCCGCAGAACUUUGUCAGUCCUCCGCAGUACCCGGACUACGGUGGUUACCACGUGGCGGCUGCGGCUGCUGCUGCGGCGAACUUGGACAGCGCUCAGUCCCCAGGGCCAUCCUGGCCCACCGCAUACGGCGCCCCUCUCCGCGAGGACUGGAAUGGCUACGCACCCGGGGGCGCUGCCACAGCCAACGCGGUAGCCCACGGCCUCAACGGUGGCUCCCCGGCCGCUGCUAUGGGCUACAGCAGCCCCGCCGAAUACCACGCACACCAUCACCCGCAUCAUCACCCGCACCAUCCGGCCGCUGCGCCGUCCUGUGCCUCCGGCUUGCUGCAGACGCUCAACCCUGGCCCUCCGGGACCCGCAGCCACCGCCGCCGCCGAACAGCUGUCCCCCAGCGGCCAGCGGCGAAACCUGUGCGAGUGGAUGCGGAAGCCCGCGCAGCCGUCCCUAGGAAGCCAAGUGAAAACCAGGACGAAAGACAAAUACCGGGUGGUGUACACAGACCAUCAGCGGCUGGAACUGGAGAAGGAGUUUCAUUAUAGUCGAUACAUCACCAUCAGGAGGAAAGCUGAGCUGGCUGGCACACUUGGGCUCUCCGAGAGGCAGGUUAAAAUUUGGUUUCAGAACCGCAGAGCCAAGGAAAGGAAAAUCAACAAGAAGAAGUUGCAGCAGCAGCAGCAGCAGCAGCAGCCUGCACCGCCGCCCCCACAGCCUCCCCAGCCUCAGCCGGGUGCACUGCGGAGCGUGCCCGAGCCCUUGAGUCCUGUGACCUCUUUGCAAGGCUCGGUGCCUGGUUCUGUCCCUGGGGUUCUGGGGCCAGCUGGAGGGGUUUUAAACUCCACUGUCACCCAGUGACCCUUCCUGUGGUCUGAAGCGGCGGCGGCACAGCAAUCCCAGGCUGAACCAGGAGGAGUACGGACGCUUCGAGAAUCCCCAGAAGAGACCCCUCUCCUCCUACCCACAAACAACAUCUGCAGAUGGAAAUUGAGGACAGAAGAUGAGUGGGAUUGUGGACCGACCUCAGGAGAAGACAUGGUUUAGAUAUUUUUUUAAAAAAAACUUUUCCCAUUCUGAUUCUUCCUGCUAGUAACGACAACGGAAGCGAUCCCUGGGGGUUCUUCAUUCAUGCUCCUUGCCAGGACUGGCCACAGGCACCAAGUUUUCAGCUUCUUUGGCCCCAGCUCUUUGCCUCCAACAUAGACUGUAUUUCUGUUUGGAGCUGAGGAGAGAGUGAGGCUGGCUGGGGUUGGGGGUAGCAAUACUUGAGCCAAGAUGGCUGUUUCCUGCUGACUGCUUUCUGAGAACCAGCUGGCCGUCCUGCCUCAGGGGCAGGGAUUGUUCAAACUACAGGAGCCAGAGGCAGCUAAGGUAGAAAGCUGGACUACAGAACCUGCCCCCCCCCCCAGGUGGUCUGUGUUUUCUUCUCUCUCCACAGAUCAGGAAGGGGUGGUGGGUUCAGGGAUUGUGACGAGUGGGGGAGGUUAGCCAACUCCAGGCCCCUGCGACAAGGGCUUGUUUAGAAAGCCUGUCACCAGAGCUGCUGUAGGUUGAAUGUAUGUCUGUGUUGUAAAUGCCAGAGCCAACCUGGACUUCCUGUCCCUUCCCUCAUCUUUGGCUGAAGACGACCGGAAUUGUUUGCUGCUGUUCGAGUCACUGAUCUGUGUAACAAGCCAAGCAAGCCUUUUAAAAAGCCUUCUGGAUCCAUGGGUAGAGAAGUUGUAUGGUGAAGGGAAGUGGGGAGGAGUGGGUAUCUGAACACAGUUGACUUUAUUUUGUAAAAAGACAAAGAUAAACGAACGUUAACAGAUUUCAGAUCCU